CCGCCGUUUACACUAUCUCCUUCGUUUCAGUUCCACAGUGAGUGACAGUCCAUAAUCCUCUCUCUCUCCUCUCUCUCUCGGCGAGGUUAGAGAGAGAAAGUAGCGGCGGAGAUGUUGAAGCCGAAGACCUUCGCCGGAGCCAACGUGUUCAUGUCUCGCAAUCUUGUUGCUCCGGAGAUAUUCGACGCUGUCCACGAUGCUCUGAAGCAGAAUGGGGCUGAGGUCUUCCUCUGCUGCGAUCCCUCACGAAACGGGCCUAACGAUUAUCACGUUAUAUCCUCCGCCGAUCAUGAAAAGUUUGAGGAUCUUCGAGCGAAGGGAUGCAAUUUGCUAGGUCCUCAGUGCGUGCUUUCAUGUGCAAAGGAGCACAGACCUCUUCCUCAACAGGGUUUUACUUGUUGCCUUGCAAUGGAUGGUGUGAAAAUUCUGGCAUCUGGUUUCCAGGCAGAUGAAAAGGUUGAGAUAGGGAAGUUAGUUACUGCAAUGGGAGGAGUAUUGCAUACUAAAGCAUCUCUAGAUGUCAGCUUUGUCAUUGUGAAGAAUGUUUUGGCUGCAAAAUACAAGUGGGCACUAAACAUUUCAAAGAAACCAAUUGUCACAAUUGGUUGGUUACAACAGUGCUGGAUUGAGCAUCGUGUAGUGCCUCAGGAGGCAUAUCGAGUUCUUCCAUUUUCUGGAUUGAAUAUUUCUGUAUCUAGAAUUCCAGCAGAUGAGCGCAAGGAGAUCGAAAAGCUUAUCUUGCAAAAUGGUGGAAGAUAUUGUGCUGAUCUUACGAGAAAGUGUACACAUUUGAUAUGUAAUGCUCCUGAAGGUGACAAGUACAAGGUUGCACGAACAUGGGGCCAUAUCAAUAUUGUUACUCGGAAAUGGUUUGAUCAAUCCGUAGCUAGAAGAGCAUGUCUUAAUGAGGAGUCAUAUCCUGUUGGUAGCGUUGGAGCUUCAAAUAAGAUGGCAAGGGGUUGCUUGACUGCUCAAAAUAGCCAAGACAAGGUUAUGGGGAACUUGCAAGCUGCACCAUCCUCAUUGGUUGCCGAUUCAAAUUUCUCAGCAGUCUCUGGUCCAGGGUUUUCAGAUAUGGAUUUAGAGCCUUCCUUGUCACAGAAUACUUCUAUGUUUUCAGAUGCUACUCAUUGUAUAAAUGAGGUUGAUGUUGAAGUGCCUGUUACGACAGCAAAGACUGAAACAUACAGUAAUAAUUGUAUUACGAGUGACUUCCAAUCUGAAGACAAUGACCUGUAUUUAUCAGCAUGUAGAAUAAAAGUUGUUGGGUUCGAAGCCUCUGAGUUGCGCAAGAUUGUCAAUAUGAUUCGCGGAGGUGGAGGCUCCCGAUUUAUCCUGUCCAACAACAAGUUAACACACAUAAUAGUUGGAAAUCUGUCAGAAAUGGAGAAAAAAGAGGUAAGAGAUAUUGCAGCUUCAGGUGUCAUCCAUGUGGUUAGAACCACCUGGCUUGAGGAUUGUGAUCGUCAGAAGAAGGAGAUCCCUGUUCUUGGUAGACACAUGGCCUAUGAUGCACUUAUCCCUAAAGCAUCCAGUAAAGCAAGCACCAUCGAUAUGGAUCAGAAUAAAGUUCCAAUUGUUCAUCCAACCAUACCAUCAAAUGAGUUAGAAGGAAGUAUUCAAGUUAGAAUUGGUAAGCCAUCAAUGAUAGAGGAAAAAAUUGAAGAAAAAAGUGAAGCAAAUGUGAGUGGAGACAGGACCAUGAAAUUACCCCAGAAAAGGCAACCUCCUGUAUCAAAUGGUAUAAACAAGAGUCAAGAAAAGAUGCGGCCUGAUUUCACUGUUCAAAAUGGGAAGUCAUCAUGUGUGUUUAAGGGGAAAAUAUUUUGCUUUUCAAGUUCCUUUCCAGAAGAUCGGAGAGCUGAAAUUGUUGAAUGGAUAAAUCAAGGGGGAGGGAAGGUUGUUGAGGAUCAUAUGAAACAGAAAGUGCACUUCACGGUUGAAUGUCAUGGUGUUACACUAAGGAGUUCGAGCAUUCAAACUAUAUAUGUGUCGAGUCAUUGGGUUCGAUCAUGUUUAGAGGAUGGAUGCUUGUGGGAUACCAAUGGACACAUUCUCUAUUCUCCACUUCCUUGUUGUGUUCCUUUGUCUGGAUUUGAAAAUAUUCGGUUCUGUGUUUCACAAUAUGGAGAUAAAGAUAGAGUAUUGUUAAGAAAUCUGUGUUUUGUACUUGGGGCCAAGUUUGUGGAGAAGUUGACUAAGAAGGUAACCCACCUAAUAUGCAAAUUUUCCAAUGGGCCAAAGUAUGAGGCUGCUUGUAAAUGGGGAAUACAUUCAACUACAGCUGAAUGGAUAUACGAGUGUGUUAGACAGAGUAAGAUUGUUUCUCUUGAUUUGUAUCGUCCAAAAGAAGUUACAGCUCAAGACACAGAGGCAGGGUUAUGCACUGUUAGUCAGUUUCCUACACAAGCUGUCCAAAUGAUAGCUAGAGAAAGUCAAUCCCAGUUCCCAAUACAUUCUGCCAUCCAGAAUGACCAAUCAGCUGGAACCAUCGGUAGUUCUAUGGGAGAGGUCAAACAACUAAGCUAUAUUAAUAAAAAGCCCAAGCUUCUUGACGAAGCUAAACAGAAGUGUCCACUUUUUGUUGGAAAUAGUCUCACUCACUCUGAUUGCAAUUUGAACUCCACCAAAGAAACUACAUCAAAAUCUUCUGUAGUAACUUCACAUGUUCCUGAUGUUGCUUCUGCAAUUGAGGACUUGUUGGAGCAGACAAGUAAGAUUCAUGACCUGAAGUCACCUGGAAGGAAGGACUGCAAUAAAAGUAUUUUCCCGUCUGACUGUUCCAUCGUUGGUCAAGACCAGGACCAUUCAGAAUCUCAUCCAAUUAUUGGUUUAUCUAACCCGUGGUUAAAAAGAACUGAGAGAAAAGAAGAAAUUGGCAAUCCUACUGGGGAUGGAAGGGCAGGCAUAUAUGAUGGUUUUAGUGAAACGCAAACUGAGUCUCAGGUUGUGGGUUAUGAAGAAGAUUUAUCGGGAAGGCAAAUGCUGAUAGACAGAGUUAGAACCUGGAGUAGCACGACUUGAAACUAGUAAGAACCAAAGAUUGUGGUAGGAGCCGUGCUGUGAAGGUUUGGUUAGAAUUUCUCUGUUUCCUUUGAGUUUAAUGUUAUUGAAGCUUUAUUUUUGUUUAGGAGUUGUAGAAAAUGUUAAACCUUGAUUGAUUGUAUAGUAAGAACCAAAAGAGAAAAAAAAAAGAAUCAACGGAGAUGAAGAAAACACGGGGUCUUUAUUCAUUGUCUAAUGAGUCAAUGACAUCUUCACGCUUGUAAGCUGAAAAUUUGAGUUAUAUUAAGCCGACUUGCAAGCAA